AUAACUGUUAGAGAGCAUAUGGGUGGUUCAUCAUACUUCACUGCAACCAGAAUAGAACCCCUUCUCCCAAUGGAUAUAGUUGAAUCUAGGUGGCUAUUGCUGCCACCUGACAAAUAUCAUCUCUACUACAUCCUUGAUUGCACAUUGAGCUAUUAG